CUACGCGGAAAUGCGCAAGUGCUAGCAUGGCGCCUGCUUUCGCUGGUUUGCACCGCAGCAUCCGCAGACGGGUUUUCGAUCUCAGAGGACUACGGAUGGCCUAUAAGUACUAGCAGAGGAGUGCGGUAUACUGAACUUGACAUCGCUCGCUCGGUUCCAAUGGAGUCAGGGAACGCUUUGCCAAACGGUCCAACGUGCAAGCCACUAAAAUACAAGGAAGUUCCUCGCGCGGUCUAUGUGACACUAAUGGCUAAUGACAACGAUCCUCUGAAACAUUAUAUGGACGACACACCGGAUAGUCGUCGGUCUAAUAAUAGAGACCUAAGAACAAGAACUGCUCUCUACCUGAUGUUCACAGAUGCCGUGCGCAGGCACGAAGCUUGGGCGGUUGACGGGGGAGACUCUGUCAUCAUGUACACGUCAGCACCCGAUCUGCUGCCACGCUUUCGGAGAGUCAUGAACAGCUUCGUCCGGAAGACCAUUGACCACUUCCUCCGGCUGCUCAGGAAACCCAUGCUCACGAGGCAACAGAUAAUGCGAAGACAAAAGGUGGAUCAGAAGGUCACCGUUGCCACGGAGGAGGCUAUUGGCUCCAGAGCAAAAGAACUCUUCUAUGUUAGCGGUCUGUCCACUCGCCCUGGGAAACAAAGGCGAGGAUAUGCAUCCGCUUUGGUGAAACUAGUCACUUCGCUAGCAGACGAACAGUGCCGAGGUGUUUGGUUGUACACCAAUAAGAGAACAACUGGUUUCUAUGCUCAAUUCGGUUUCACUACCAUCAAGUCCUUCGCUGUCGGAGAAGAUGACCCGACCUGGACAGAAGUGCCGGUCGUAAUGUGCAUAAUGCUAAGGGAGCCUCAGACGCCUCCGUCAGUCUAUAAGGACUAGACGUGAGAUGAUGCGCUGUAAUACCAUUAUCUAUCUCCUCAAUAAACGUGAUCAGAUUGUAUCUCGAAUGGAACCAGAUAUUUCGUGCGAAAUGACGUAGGCUACUCCUGCGAUGAAAAUUAUUCGCUGUUACGGGCUGCUCAGAGCUAAAACCACUCAGCGACUUGAAGAGCGGACGGAGCGAUCAUCCCAAC